AUAGAUUUGAAAAUUAGACGAUUAUGAUUAUUAAAUUAUGAUAUUUAACGUUUUAUUAAUCUCCAAAAUUUCCAUUCAGAGGGUUUCUCUCUCUUCUUCUCGUGCAUUCUCCUUCUUCCGCCAUAAUCGCCCAAGCAAGUGGAAUUCCAAUUCGACGCGUUCACUCCCUCCAACGACGCCGCUUCAGAUCUGAAUCGCCGCCGUUUCAGAGAUCCACAGUGCCGGCAUUCUCCGUUAAAUUUUCGCACCGUUCAUGCUCUUCCCCUCGUGCGAACAGAUCUUGAAAAUUGGCGCCUCAACGACGUUCGCAGCGCCACGCGAGUGGCCAGAUGCCGCAGGGCAAUGCCGCCGCCGCCGCUCUGUUGGACCACAGCGGCGAUGCUGGAGACGCUGUCAUGGCGCGGUGGCUCCAGUCCGCCGGCUUGCAGCAUCUCGCCUCUCCCCUAGCUUCUACCGCCAUCGAUCAUCGCCUCCUCCCCAACCUUCUCAUGCAGGGUUAUGGAGCACAGUCGGCUGAGGAGAAGCAGAGGCUUUUGAAGUUAAUGAGAAACCUCAAUUUUAAUGGGGAAUCUGGUUCAGAGCCAUAUACGCCCACCGCCCAGUCUUUAGGUGGAGUGGCUGGGUCGGAUGGGUUUUAUUCUCCUGAGUUCAGGGGUGAUUUUGGAGCCGGACUUUUGGAUCUUCAUGCUAUGGAUGAUACAGAGCUUUUGUCUGAGCAUGUAGUUUCAGAACCUUUUGAGCCAUCACCCUUCAUGCCUGGAGAUGCUAGAGUAUUUGAAGACGAUUUUUAUCCAAUUAACAACAAGCUGGAAAGCGGGGAAGCAGAUGCUGAAGCAUCAAUUUCUGUACCAAUCAAUGAAAAAGAGUAUAGCACAAGAGAAAAUAGUGUUGCUAAAAUUAGAGUUGUGGUACGCAAAAGACCAUUAAACAAGAAGGAGCUAGCUAAGAAGGAGGAUGAUAUUGUAACUGUACCUGACAAUGCAUAUUUGACAGUCCAUGAACCCAAACUAAAGGUUGAUUUGACAGCUUAUGUGGAGAAGCAUGAGUUUUGUUUUGAUGCUGUGCUUGAUGAGCAUGUUACCAAUGAUGAAGUAUACCGAACUACUGUUGAACCAAUUAUUCCUACAAUUUUCGAGCGAACCAAAGCUACCUGUUUCGCUUAUGGUCAGACGGGAAGUGGCAAAACAUACACAAUGCAACCCUUACCACUCAGAGCUGCAGAAGAUCUUGUUCGACGGUUGCAUCAGCCAAUUUACCGGAAUCAGAGAUUUAAAUUGUGGCUCAGCUAUUUUGAGAUAUAUGGCGGAAAACUUUAUGAUCUUCUUAGUGACAGAAAGAAACUUUGUAUGAGGGAAGAUGGACGGCAGCAAGUUUGCAUCGUAGGACUGCAAGAAUUUGAAGUUUCUGAUGUGCAAAUUGUCAAAGAAUUCAUAGAAAGGGGAAAUGCUGCAAGAAGUACAGGAUCCACUGGUGCCAAUGAGGAGUCUUCGAGGUCACAUGCUAUCUUACAACUGGUUGUAAAGAAACACAGUGAACUGAAAGAGAGUAAGCGAAACAAUGAUGGGAAUGAGGCAAGAAGUGGGAAGGUUGUGGGGAAAAUUUCUUUCAUUGAUCUUGCUGGAAGUGAACGAGGUGCAGACACUACUGAUAAUGAUCGUCAGACACGGAUUGAAGGAGCGGAAAUCAACAAGAGCCUGUUGGCUUUGAAGGAGUGCAUCCGUGCUUUAGACAAUGACCAGAUUCAUAUUCCAUUUCGGGGAAGUAAACUUACAGAAGUGCUUCGUGACUCCUUUGUGGGAAAUUCAAAGACUGUAAUGAUCUCUUGUAUAUCUCCGGGUGCUGGAUCUUGUGAACACACGCUUAAUACCUUGAGAUACGCAGAUCGAGUUAAAAGUCUGUCCAAAAGUGGAAAUCCUAGAAAAGACCAGGUCCUAAAUCCUGCACCACAAACUAAUAAGGAGAUUUCAUCCACAUCAUCUAUUCCUGCUAGUGCUGGUGCAGAGGAUUUUAACCAUCAACGUCAAGAGAAAACAACGGACAUAGGCAGGAAAUUUGUUGAAAGGGAAAAUUCUUCGUACAGCUCUGGUGCGACUGCUGUUGACAAACAGCCAUUAAGUUUUUCUUCAAAUUAUUUAUCAAAUGGGCGAGAGGAGAAAGGCUUGUUUUCUGCUUCAUUGGACCGGGAUAGGUUUGAACUGAAGAACUCGUAUGGUGACUCUACUAGUCAAAAGAUGAACUCUUACUCACAAAUUGAUACAGGUGAAAAAUUGCAAAAGGUGUCUCCGCCACGCAGAAAAGGGUCUAAGGAUGAAAAAACUGAAAGGCCCGCAAAUUGGAUGAAAAGGGAUGCCAAUGGUUCUGAUCCCUCUAAUACAAGUUCCAAGCAGCAGAGCACGGGGAACUAUAACAUUGGGCCUAAGGAUGAAAAGUCUGAUAGGCCUUCAAACUGGAUAAAAAGGGAUUCCAGCGGUUCUGAUCUUCUCACUACAAGCUCCAAACAGCAGAGCACAGGGAAUAAUGUGUCUAAGGAUGAAAAAUCUGAAAGGUCAGCAAACUUGAUGAAAAGGGUUGCCAGUAACUCUGAUAUGUUCUCUACAAGCUCCAAGCAGCCGAGCACAGGGAACUAUAACAAUAUUACCACUGGAUCCAGGCCUUAUGAAGGAGAAUCUUCUCCUAACGGGAAUAUCAAUGCAGUACUUGAGGAGGAAGAAGCACUCAUUGCUGCUCAUAGGAAGGAAAUUGAGGAUACAAUGGAGAUUGUUCGAGAAGAAAUGAAACUCCUGGCAGAAGUGGACCAACCGGGAAGCCUUAUUGACAACUAUGUUACCCAAUUGAGUUUUGUGCUUUCUCGCAAAGCAGCGGGUCUGGUGGGUCUUCAAGCUCGUCUCGCAAGAUUCCAACAUCGACUAAAAGAGCAGGAGAUUCUAAGUAGAAAAAGAGUACCGCGUCAGUAAGGGAUUUCUCGCUUUCUCUUGUUCAACUUCAUCUCUAUUCUCCUGCUUGUUAGCAAAAUAGUUGAAAGGUUUUGUCUGAUAUAAGCAAAUCUUUUGGUGAAUAUGCUCUAAUUGAAUUUACUUAAAUGUAUAUGCCCUUGUGUGAGUCGUGUGACUUUUGGGCCACCUCAUGCCUUUGCAAAUUUGGUGUAAUCUAUGUAGGGUUAUCUGCGCCGUUGUUAUAAAAAACACAAAAAAGGUUGUAUGCCCCUAAAUUUUAGUUUGAGGGCAAAAAAAUAAAAAUAGAAUUUGAUAUAUGCAGAUUCAAAAUUAAUAGGUUUUAAUAUUUCUUUCUUUCUAGCCAUCCGGAAUUUUUCUAAUGUAUUCAUUUUCAAGCUCACGGGAUGCACUAAUGUACAAGUAACAAUUCGCAUAGAAGAGACUUGAAAUAAAAGCCUCUCCUAAAGGUUACUUAGUCGAGAA